GGCGCUCCGAACACUCGAAGCUCUUCCUUCUCCGAAGUAAAACGAAACAAACGCAAAAUGUUAGGAGGCAAAGCAGAGAGAGACGGCUGAGAGUACGAUUGUUGGGGAGGAACCGACAUAUCGAUUGGGCGUGACGAAGAUUCUGCAUCCAUUUUGAAGCUGAAAGUUCAGCGGAAAGGGAUAUGGAAGAAGUGAGAUUGUUGGUUAGGUUUGGUGGAAGGUGGGAAACUUCUGCUGGUGGGCGGUAUGCAUAUAAUGGUGGUAAGUUGAAAGGAAUGAAAGUUAUGAAGCAUGUUGUAUACAAAGAUUUUGUGGAAGAAUUAUAUCGGACUAUUGAAGUGGAUGCAAAUGAAUAUGAUUUUAAAAUGGAAGUUUUAUGGCGGUCAAGUACCAUGCCUAUUCCGCCAUUUGAGAUAUCUAAUGAUACUGAUCUUCGCUUUUUCCUGGAUGGGGUUGUUGGGCCCGAUGAUGACUUUAUUCCACUGUGCAUAACGCUUGUUCCUAAGGCUUCUACACCUCCUGCAGUGAGAUCUCCUGUUCAAGAAAUAUCAAAUUGUCACACUCAUCUUGUUUCAGGCAGUAAAAGUAAUCAAAUAGGUUCAAUCACUUGUAGCCCAAACAAGCCAGAAGUAGAGAUAAACCCAUCAUAUGUUCCUGCAAGGACACUUGAGGAGGAAUUGCCCUUACCGCUGCCACAAAUGUCAAAACCAGCACUGUCUCAGCAACCAACCUUAGUCGACAAUGAAUCAGUGGAUGACACGCAAGGUAAUGCACAUCACAUUGAUGGAACGGGAACUAAUACCAGGGAUGGUAGUGCUAUGGCAGAUGACAAAGACGUUUUGGAAGAGACUAAGAAGGGCAACCAGGUGAAGGAUGAUGCUCCUGUGAAAAAUGUAAAUGAUUUGCAUCAGAAUGGUCAGAAUGUGAGGCCUGCAAAACGAUUUUCUUAUUUGCCUUAUUUGCCAGAAUGUGACACUACCUCAUUAUCUGAUGAAGAUGAUUCAAUAUUUGUUGGGAAGACAUUCUCAUCCAAAAAAGAGCUGCAAAAGAAUCUAGGUCUGCAUGCUGUAAAGAACCACUAUCGAUUUAAAGUCAACAAAUCAUCCACAAAGCGUUUUGAGGCAUUUUGUAUAAAUAAAAAUUGCAAGUGGCGUGCCCGUGCAGUAAAGCUUCCUGAGAGUGAUGCUUUUGAAUUAAGGAGGUUGGAUCGAAGCCAUUCAUGUAAAAGUCAGCAAGCAUCUAACCCUUCAUGUGAAACUCAGCAAACAUCUGUAUGUCAUCGUCAAGCAACCAGUUGGUUUAUACGUGAUUAUAUCAAGGAACGGCUUCAAGAGAAACAAUAUAAUUAUAAAACAAACGAAAUCAGAGAGGAUAUCCGAACUGAUUUUGGGAUCGAACUUUCUUACACUACAUGUUUCAGGGCUAGGGCAUUUGCCAUCAAACAAAUCAAAGAAUCACUGGAAAAUGCAAACGAAGUGUUCCCUUCUAUAGAUGAGAAACUUGGACAGAAAAAGUGUGAGCCAAGCAGCAAAGCAGAAAAAUUGUGUGGUCGAUGUGGCAUGUAUGGACACUAUCAAAAAUCAUGUAAGAAUCCUGUUCCUUCCCAACCCUCAUGUGAAGGUGAAAGUUAACACAUGAAAAGCAUAUCUGCAUCAUCUUUUUGCAUAGAAAUCUGACAUGUUCUGUAGUUAUCUUUAGAUAUGAGCUCUAAUUUAUAUUAUGAAUGAAAGGCAUGUUAUUUUAUGA